AUGACGCGCAGAGGAGGCAGCGGGAGCCGCCGGAGCCGCGGGAGCCGGGAUCCCGUCGCCGCGCACGGGGGGUGGGCGCCGGUUGCUCCGCCCCGCGAAGCUCCUGCGCGCCCAGGGACGGGUCCCCUCCGCGACCGCCGCGCCGGGCCCAGCCGUGGGGCCGCCGCUGCUGCCAUGUCCCCGGGGAAGCCCGGGGCGGGCGGAGCGGGGACUAGGCGGACCGGCUGGAGGAGGCGGAGGCGGAGGCGGCGGCUGGAGGCUGCGAGCUGGGCGCCCGGGCUCGGGCGCACGGCGGGGCCCGACUCGCGCGGCCCGGGCACGUUCCAGAGCGCGCGGGGCAUGAAGCCGGCGGCGCGGGAGGCGCGGCCACCUCGGCGCUCGCCCGGGCUGCGCUGGGCGCUGCCGCCGCUGCUGCUGCUGUGUCGCCUGGGCCAGAUUUUGUGCCAAGAUGCCUGUAGUGUCUACUGUGAUAUGGUUAUAGUCACAUCUACAACCAACGAGAUUGAUAUUAGUAAGGUGCCAGAAAACUUUUCAGUAACAAAUGUGACUGAUCUGAGUGGCCAGAAUCCACGGAAUUUCUCAUUAAAAAAUGACAACGGUGUUUUAGUUGGGGAGCUGGACCCUGGGAUCGGCUAUCUUGUCAGAUACUCAAAUGGCUCUGGUACCUGCUGCCAACAAGUGUGGACAAAACCCAGUCCUGUGUAUGGCAUUGAAGCUGUUUCCACAAGUCCAACCGGUGUGAAUCUCAUAUGGAAAAUCAAGGACCUAGAUGAUUCUAAUUAUGAGUAUAAAGUAGAGAGUGAAAAUGGGCUGCUGAAUUAUAGCGCAAAUCAAAAAGGCAUUAACAUCACAGACUUAAGUCCGGGGACUUUAUACAACUUCUCCAUCACUCCAGGAAUAAAUGGGACUUGGGGAAAAGCUGUAUUCAAAGCUGUCAUUACAGAGCCCCAUCCAGUUUCCGGUCUCUGCGUCACCUUCAAGGGUGUGACAGAAGUUGCUCUUACCUGGGAGAAUAGUAAUGGCACUGCCACCUGCCGGCUGCUCCUUGAAGCCAUGGGAAGCCAUGAGGAGUUGAAUCAAAGCUCAGCAGUCAAUAUUACACGCCUGAAGCCGGGGUUUACCUAUAAGACCCGGUGUGUUUCAGAAUCUGCUGAGACACAGAGGGACGCUGUGGCUGGAGGAAAUGGCUCAGAUGCUGCCGGCCCAGGGGGCUUGGCCCUGACUUCCCCUGUGGACAAGUACCUGCUUGAACCUGAAGGACAAUCCUCUCCUUAUCUUCUGGCCAGAAACACGGAAGUCCUGCUUUCUGGGUUGAAGUCCGGCACGUUGUACAAGGCUACUGUGUAUUCUCAAGCACAGAAUGACACAGAAGGGAAGCCUAAGGUCAUAGAAUUCAGGACAAAUUCCUAUCAGGUUUUUGACAUCGAAGCAGUCAACAUCAGUGCCACGAGCAUGACCCUGACCUGGAAAAUCAAUGAUAAUGGGGCAUGUUCUGUCUACACCUACAACAUAGAAGCUGUUGGGGAGACCAAUACCCUCAACCUCACCGUCAAUGAGACUCAGGCCAUCCUCACUCCACUCAGCCCAUGUACCUUAUACAACAUCACAGUGCGUCCUUCCCUACAGGACGGUUCUGAGGGCAUACCGGGCUUUCUCCAAAAGUACACCCGCCCUGGUUCAGUUUCCAACUUUCGAGUCACGACUGUCACCACCCGGAGUAUUGGCUUAGCUUGGAGCAGCAAUGACACGGAUUCCUUUAAGAUACAGAUCACGCAGGACAGAGCUGGACAACGUCGGAUGGAAACCAACCAAACCAGUAUUGUCAUUAGUGACUUACUCCCUGGCACUGAAUAUUGUUUUGAAAUAUUCCCACUAGGACCAGAUAGGACCGAAGGGGAGUCCCAGAGAGUUUGCGGUACAACUGACUCCAGUACAGUGUUUGACAUCCGCGUGGCCCAUGUCACCACCACUGAAAUGCAGUUGGAGUGGCAGAAUACAGACAACGCCUCCGACUACAUCUACCACCUGAACCUAACGUCUCAGAACAGCUCUCAGCAGACGAACACGUCUCUCAGAACCGCCACUUUCAGGGACCUGAUCCCGGGCACCUUCUAUAACAUCACAAUUGUUCCAGAAGUGAACGGCGUGUGCGGGCACUCCAGCUCCAUUGCACAGUGCACACGGCCCAGCGAUGUGUCUGACAUAGAAAUAACUGCCAAUACCACGGCAGCAACCUUCUGUUGGCAGAACUCCGACGAGGCCUCUCCCACGUACACCUACCGCCUGCUCGUUGAGAAGGAAGGGACUUCCAGCGACGCAGCUCCGAUAGUCACAGACGUUGGCAUCACCUAUGCUACAGUCACCGAAUUAAUACCUGGUUCAGAGUACACAGUGAAGGUCUUCGCCCAAGCGAGGGAUGGCACCGAGUCACUGGAGGCUGGCCGGCGGUCAUUCUGUGCAGACCCGGCCCCAGUAGCCUCCUUCUACUGUGAAGUGGUCCCCAAAAAGCCAACCCUGGUUCUCAAGUGGGCCUGCCCUACUGGCACCAACGCAGGCUUUUGGGUGGAGGUCAGCAGAGGAGACUGGAGAAAUAUGACACAGCUGGAGGGCUGCUCCUCGGAGGAUGGCGCCGAGUACAGAACGGAAGUCACACAUUUGAAUUUUUCUACCUCGUAUGAUAUCAACGUCACUGCCUUGUCCUGUAACAAGAUGGCACCCCCUACCCAAAACACCUGCGUCACGAGCAUCACAGACCCCCCUCCUCCAGAUGGAUCUCCUAAUAUUACAUCUGUCAGUCACAAUUCGGUAAAGGUCAAGUUCAGUGGGUUUGAAGCCAGCCACGGACCCAUCAAAGCCUACGCUCUCAUUCUCACCACUGGGGAAGCUAACCCCUCUGCCGAGGUUUUGAGCCACACAUACGAAGAUUUCAAAAAGGGCGCCUCGGCCACUUACGUGACAUACUUCAUAGCCACAGGAGAAAACACAAGUUCUGAGGGCUUGUCUGAGGUCUUGAAAUACGAAAUCGAUGUGGGGAAUGAGUCAAACACGCACGGCUAUUACAACGGGAAGCUGGAGCCCCUGGGCUCCUAUCGGGCUUGUGUCGCCGGCUUCACCAAUAUCACCUUCAGCACUGACAGUCUUCUCAUAGACGGGAACAGGAGCUACGUGUCCUUCAGUCGCUACUCAGACGCCGUUUUCUUGCCCCAGGAUCCAGGUGUCAUCUGUGGAGCAGUUUUUGGAUGCAUCUUUGGUGCCAUGGUUAUUGUGGCUGUUGGAGGCUUCAUCUUCUGGAGGAAGAAAAGGAAAGAUGCAAAGCACAAUGACUUGCCCUUUUCUCAAAUCAAACCUAAAAAGUCCAAGUUAAUCAAAGUGGAGAAUUUUGAGGCCUACUUCAAGAAACAACAGGCUGACUCCAACUGUGGAUUUGCAGAAGAAUAUGAAGAUCUGAAGCUUGUUGGAAUUAAUCAACCUAAAUACGCAGCCGAACUGGCUGAGAAUAGAGGAAAGAAUCGCUAUAAUAAUGUUCUGCCUUAUGAUAUCUCUCGGGUCAAACUUUCAGUCCACACCCACUCUGCUGACGACUACAUCAAUGCCAACUACAUGCCUGGGUACCAUUCUAAGAAAGAUUUUAUUGCCACACAAGGACCUUUACCCAACACCUUGAAAGACUUCUGGCGAAUGGUUUGGGAGAAAAAUGUAUAUGCUAUCGUCAUGUUGACCAAAUGUGUUGAACAGGGCAGGACCAAAUGCGAGGAGUACUGGCCUUCCAAGCAGUCCAAGGACUUUGGGAGCAUCACUGUGGCAAUGACGUCCGAGAUUGUUCUUCCAGAAUGGACCAUCAGAGACUUCACGGUGAAAAAUAACCUGACUAGUGACAGCCACCCUCUGCGACAGUUCCACUUCACCUCCUGGCCUGACCAUGGGGUGCCCGACACCACCGACCUGCUCAUCAACUUUCGGUAUCUGGUUCGCGACUACAUGAAGCAGAGUCCUCCCGAAUCGCCAGUUCUGGUGCAUUGCAGUGCUGGCGUUGGGAGGACGGGCACGUUCAUCGCCAUCGACCGUCUCAUCUAUCAGAUGGAGAACGAGAACGCCGUGGAUGUGUACGGGAUUGUGUACGACCUUCGAAUGCACAGGCCUUUAAUGGUGCAAACAGAGGACCAGUAUGUGUUCCUCAAUCAGUGUGUUUUGGAUAUUAUCAGAUCCCAGAGGGACUCGAAAGUAGAUCUCAUCUACCAGAACACGACUGCAAUGACAAUCUAUGAAAACCUCACGCCCAUGACCACGUUUGGGCAAACAAAUGGUUACAUCGCCUAAUUCCAAAGGCAGCCCGGUCUGGAGUUAACUAGACCACCACACCCACCGCAAAGGAAAAUGCCCCAAUGUUGACACGUUUUUAUAUGUCCGAUAUCUUCAUUCAUUGUUCUGUUUUGUUAGAACUAAUUGAGGGUGUGAAGCUGCACACGUGACACAUGACAAACGGGACGUUGGGGCCGUCGGGGGCUGUGGGUGGGGGGUGAGCCCAUCAGUUACAUUCCUGGUUACCAAUGGGAUGAGUUCACUUCUCUUUUCCUUGAGAAUGAUGGAAAACUAGGCAAGUGAGCUAUGAUUUUUUUUUUUUUUUUCAAAACAGAUUUUUUUUUUUAAAGACUAUUUUAUAUGAUCCACAUGCUAAAGCCAGGAUUGUGUUGGGUUGAAUAUAUUUUAACUAUCAGAGGUCUAUUUUUAGCUACUGUAUCUCGGAGUCUAGCUGAUGGAAACUGCUUAACUGUGCAUGACGGUCCUGCAGGAGGCGUCGGCGGCGCCGCCUCGCCUGGGUUUUCUAUUUGAACAUGUGCCUUUUCUGAAUUAUGCUUCCACAGGCAAAACUCAGUAGAUUUCUAUAUUUUUGUAUUGAAUCUCAUAAUUGGAAUAUGUGGAAUAUUUAAACAGUAGUUUAGGACCAGAAGUUCAGCCUUCUCAGUAACAUUCCUGUUCUUAUUCGAUUCGAGGAGGCCCCCAAUGUCCCCCC